AUGGCUUCAAUGGAGCUUGUCAGAUGUGGUAUUAUUGUGCUGCUAAUUACAGUAUAUGUGACAGUAGCUAACAGUGCUGAUUUAUUCCUUGAAUGGCACGUUACCACUGAUUCGAGUAUCAAGCCAGUGUCUGCGGAUCAACCUGUUAUAACUAUCAAUGGUAUGUUCCCUGGUCCUCUUAUCAACGCCACGACAAAUGAUAUAAUUCAUCUCAAUGUUUUUAAUGAUUUGGAUGAACCCUUGCUAUUUACUUGGAAUGGGAUUCAACAAAGGUUGAAUUCAUGGCAAGAUGGGGUCUUAGGCACAAACUGUCCUAUUCAACCUGGUACAAACUGGACUUAUGCCUUCCAAACCAAAGACCAAAUUGGCACUUUCUCCUACUUCCCUUCCAUCAAUUUCCUUAAAGCUGGUGGAGGGUUUGGCCCGAUUCGAGUCAACAAUGGCCUGUUGAUCCCGGUUCCCUUUGCUAAACCAGAAGCAGAAUUUGAUCUUCUGAUUGGUGACUGGUUCCAAACCAACUACAAAGAUGUGAGGUCCAACCAGAAUGCUACUCCUGAUUGGGUGCUAAUAAAUGGCAAGCCACCAUAUAUGAACAAUCUUUCAUUAUCUCAUGAGUCCUUCAAUGUGACACAAGGAAAAGCAUACUUGCUCAGGAUAUCAAAUGUGGGUACAACAUGGAGCUUCAACUUCAGGAUUCAAAGUCACAAAAUGGUUCUGGUUGAAACUGAAGGAUCAUACGUGAGUCAGAUAGAGUUGGAUUCUCUUGAUGUUCAUGUAGGGCAGUCUUAUUCUGUUCUUGUCACAGCAAACCAAAGUGUCUCUGAUUACUAUAUAGUGGCCUCCCCCAAACUGUAUAAUACCAAUCUUGUUGGCAUAGCUGUGCUUCACUAUGAGAAUUCAACCACUCCUGCUAAUGGUUCUCUCCCAAGUGGUCCUGACCCAUUUGAUCUUCAGUUCUCAAUCAACCAAGCUAGAUCUAUCAGGUGGAACCUAACUGCAGGAGCUGCAAGGCCUAAUCCUCAAGGAACCUUCAAUGUAACAAACGUGACAAUAUCUCAGACCUUCAUUCUGAAGGCAUCAACAUCUGAUAUCAAUGGCUCUCUGCAUUAUACAGUAAACAAUGUGUCAUACUUGACCCCGGAUACCCCAUUAAAGCUAGCUGAUCACUUCAGCAAUGGAACUGGAGUAUAUGAUCUUGAUGAAUAUCCCACAAACUCAUCGAAUGACAAUGCUGUUCGCGGAGUUUUUGUGGCGAGUGGAUUGCAUAAAGGGUGGCUGGAGGUUGUGUUCAAGAAUGAGUUGGAGACCAUAGAUACUUGGCAUUUGGAUGGAUUCAAUUUCUUUGUUGUUGGGUUUGGAGAGGGAGAAUGGAAACCAGAAUUGAGAUCAACAUAUAACAUUUAUGAUCCUGUGUCUCGCUCCACAGUGCAAGUGUUCCCUAGAGGAUGGAGUGCUGUGUAUGCAUACCUCGAUAACCCUGGAAUGUGGAAUUUAAGAUCACAGAAACUGAGAAAUUGGUACUUGGGCCAAGAGCUCUAUGUGAGGGUCUAUGAUCCUGAUCCCAACCCUAACAAAGAGGAGCCACCUCCACAGAACCUCCUCUUAUGUGGCAAGUAUCAACCUGUUGCGCCAAGCCCUUCUCCUUCAGGGCCACCUCCCCCAAGCCCUCCUUCCUCAGGGUCACAAGCCCCAAAAGUAACAUGGUCUCUUGUUGCCAUGAUCACCACCCUGACUCAUUUAUAUUGGUUAGCAACUUGAGUGUUCUGAGGCUGAGCCCUUUGCUGAGAAGAUUGAAGAUUCAGAUACAUUACUGUAUUCUUGUCAAUAUUUACUUUUUUUUUUUCCCCUUUUAAAACAUAAGAUACUUUUGAUAUCUGUGCACAGAGUAGAUUCCAUGAUGGCCACAAAAUGGUCAUUCUAAGUUCUAACCCCAAGAAGCUGAUCUUAUUCAGCCAAGUCCAAAUAUAUCCUGAUCCAAAAAUGUCUAAAU